AUGGAUUCCAAGGACGUCGCCGUCCACGGCGAGCUCUCGAUUGACGAGAAGCCGAACGUCGCCGCCGUCAAGGAGAUCAGCGGCAAUGAGGCGUACAACGAGGCGCUGCUCAAGGAGCCGCCGCAGCCCUUCAACGGGCCCAGCAUCGUGCUGUACUGCUGCUGCUUGGUCGGCUUCUGCUGCUCCACCAUGAACGGCUACGACGGCUCGCUGCUGAACGGCCUGUUGGCCAGCGACGACUUCAAGGAAUUCUUCGGCGGCAGCGAGGACGGCAUCUGGGCCGGUAUCGUCACCUCCAUGUACCAGAUCGGCUCUGUCGUCGCCCUGCCCUUCGUCGGCCCGGCCAUCGACACCUUCGGCCGCAAGGGCGGCAUGUUCAUCGGCGCCGUGACCAUCGUCGUCGGCACCAUCAUCAACGCCACCACUUACUACACCGCCAGCAUCGGCCAGUUCGAGGCCGGCCGCUUCGUCCUCGGCUUCGGCGUCUCCAUCGCCACCGCUGCCGGCCCCAUGUUCGUCGUCGAAGUCACUCACCCGGCCUACCGCGGAGUCGUCACCGCCCUGUACAACACCUUCUGGUUCACCGGCUCCAUCCUCGCCGCCGGCGCCGUGCGUGGCUCGCUGGACAGCUCGGCCGACCACGCCUGGGUCAUCCCCGUGUGGCUGCAGCUGCUCUUCUCGGGCAUCAUCGUCAUCUUCGUCUGGUUCCUGCCCGAGUCGCCGCGCUGGCUGUACGUCCACGGCAAGCGCGACGAGUGCCGCCGCGUGCUGACCAAGUACCACGGCAACGGCAACGACGACAGCAUCUGGGUCAGCAUGCAGCUGCGCGAGUACGAGGAGUACCUCGAGAUGGACGGCUCCGACAAGCGCUGGUGGGACUACCGCGCCCUGUUCAAGACGCGCGCCGCCCGCUACCGCAUUAGCUGCAACAUUGCCAUCUCCGUCUUCGGCCAGUGGGCUGGUAAUGCCGUCCUGUCCUACUACAUGUCCGCCCUCCUCACCUCCGCCGGCUACGACACGCAAAUCAGCAAGGCCAACAUCAACCUCUUCUACUCGUGCGAGCAGUUCCUGAUCGCCGUCUGCGGCGCCCUCUUCGUCGACAAGCUGGGCCGCCGCCCGCUGCUGCUGUUCUCGAUGAUCGGCUGCUCCAUCGUGUGGGUCGGCAUGACGGUCGCCACGUCCAUCUACGACGCGCACAAGGUGCUCGACGCCAACGGCGACGCGCUGCCCGCCACGGGCAUCGCCGCCUCGGCCUCCAAGGCCGCGACGGCCAUGAUCUUCCUGUUCGGCGCCGUGUUUUCGUUCGGUAUCACCCCGUUGCAGGCGCUGUACCCGGUCGAGGUGCUCAGCUUUGAGAUGAGGGCGAAGGGUAUGGCGUUUUCGAGCUUUUCGCUUAAUGCUGCCAUGCUCCUCAACCAAUUCGCGUGGCCCGUGUCCAUGGAGCGCAUCGGCUGGCACACGUACAUCAUCUUCGUCAUCUGGGACGCCAUCCAGGCCGUCAUCAUCUACUUCUUCAUCCCCGAGACCAAGAACCGCACCCUCGAGGAGCUCGACGACAUCUUCCACGCUAAGAACCCCACCAAGGCCAGCUUGCAGAAGCGCAAGGUCGCCCUCGACCACAACGCCAACGUCGUCAAGGUUGAGACGGUGGACAGUGAGACCAGCGCCUAG